CCUUUCCAACCCAGCAGGGACCAGCUCGGGAAUGUGUCCAGGCAGAUAGCUAUCCUGUCAUACAUGUGGUACAUUGUCACUGUGUUGUCAGCUGUCAUAAGUCAGAUUUCGGCUUUGAUGGUGGACUUUGUCAUGUGUUGGGGAGGUACAUGUAAGCCCUGUCAACUGUUUGUUCACACAACCAACCACCAUGGCCUGAUACCUGGAGAAACCAGCCCAAAUUGACAUGACAGACAUGUUACAGAAGGAAUCCCUAGACAGCCUGUGUAGACUGACUGACAGCUGAGUAAAAGUUUUACUUCACAGUCUGAGCAAAAAUUCUCAGGUGUUUAAUGUUACCUGGUAUUUACCUGAAGCCUUGUUAAGACUGCUUGACCUGGUCUACUUGUGCCAGUAACUAACCCCUAGCAUCAUGAGUUCCCCAGCAGAAGAGGACUACCCAAUGUCCACAUUUGGGAAGAGGAAGAAGGUAGCUAACUCGGAGCACCUAAACACCUCAAACUCCAUACCCUCACACUCAACGCCCAUCAGCAAAAAUCACUCAGAACGAGGCACUGCUGAGGAAACAGUGGAAUUUCUCUCUCCUGUGUCUAAGGCAUCAGGAUGGGAAUCCAACAAUCACUCGGACGAUGUCCUGAACUUCACCAACUCCGAACAUGACCGACAGUUCCCCAAACAUCCACCUAAAGACAGAUGGAGGUUGGUGCAGAUGAUCAUGUUGGUGUAUGGAUUGGCUAGUCUGAUGCCCUGGAACAUGUUCAUCACGGCCAAAUCUUAUUUUGACUUCAAGUUGACGACAAAUGAAAGCAGCUGUUCGGAGUACCGUCAGCAGUUUCUCAACUACCUGGGCAUCUGCAGUAACAUCCCCAUGAUACUCCUCAGCUUCCUCAACAUGGUCUGUCACUGUGGAGGGGGUCAGUCAUCCAAGAGAAUCAUCUGGAGUCUACUGACCGUUGUGGCAGUGUUUAUCUUGACUGUUGUACUGGCCAUGAUAGAUUCCAGUGACUGGCCCGGGACAUUCUUCUUGAUAACAAUGGCUUCAGUCGUCGUCCUUAACAUGGCCAAUGGAGUUUUUCAGAACUGUGUGUAUGGCCUGGCAGCAAUUCUUCCCAUGAAGUACACAAAUGCUGUGGUAUUGGGGACUAAUACAAGUGGAGUGUUCACAGCUGUGAUAAACAUCAUAGCCAUGUGGGCCUCUCCAAGCACGAGAACUGCGGCCAUUUAUUACUUCAUCACAGCUAUUUUUGUCCUUCUGGUAGCAUUUGAUUCAUACUUUGCUCUCCCCCUUCUGAAAUAUUACAAAUAUUACCAAAGAGUCGUGGAGAUGAAAAGAGAAGAAACACGACAAACCCAAGGGACAACCAGACCACCCUACCUGUUAAUAUUUAAAAAAAUCUGGGUCCAGUUGUUUUCUGUGGCUUUUAUAUUUUUUGUCACCUUGUCAAUAUUUCCUGCCAUCCAGGCCCAAGUCAGGAGGAUAGACUUCCCCCUCAGCGAUGACUACUGGGUGGCUGUUUUCUGCUUUUUGAGCUUCAAUGUGUUUGCAUUCCUGGGAAAUCUUAUGUCAGAGUGGAUUAAAUUUCCUGGCCCUCGCUUCCUCUGGCUGCCUGUACUAAUCAGGGGACUCUUCUUCAUCCCCUUCUUUGUGCUGAGCAAUUACCGACCCGAGGUUCGUAUUGUGGAGAACAUUCCCAUGUGGCUGGCCAAUGACUAUGUAUACAUCGUGGGUUCAGUCAUCUUUGCCUUCACCAGCGGCUAUUACAGCAGUCUGGCCAUGAUGUAUGGUCCGAGUUUAGUGGAGUCCCAUCACGCCCCUACUGCAGGUAUGAUGAUGGCCUUUGCACUGAUAGUGGGUCUCUUUUUGGGAGUAAACUUCUCACUGGGCAUUGUAAAGUUUGUUCAGUUGGUGGCUGAAAGACCAGCAGAAGCCAGUGGAUGUUGAAGUCAGCCAGGAAAUUAGGACGGGGUUUGGUAUGGUUGAUAACCAUUCUUCUCACUACCAUCAUUGAUCUCCCUACAAGACCUGUGUGAGAACAUUCGUAUUUGCUGUUCCAUGGACGGCUCUGCAGACAGAACAUCCAAGCGAACUGUUCCACUGACUGCUGUGUAGAUGGAACAUUCAAGUGGACUGUUCCACUGACUGCUGUGCUAGGGAUAACAUAUGAGUGGUCCACUAACUGCCAUCCUGGAUGAGAACAUACAGGUGUACUGUUUCACUGAGUGCGACAGUGAAAUGAUAAAGUUCUACUGACACUGCAACAUUGAAAAAGGUAGAAUAGGACAAGAUCAAGUGGAUAUGUUUGACAAACGGAAAUGUACCUCUGAAGACACUGCUACACAUGUAUGAAGGAAACAUUAUUCAGGAAUAAUCUUUAUUUCACCAUGGAUAGGAAGGACUGUUGUGACAUGCUGUGAAGAAGAAGGAAAGACGUACAUGUGUACCAGUACAUGUAUCUAAGCAUUCAUUGAGAACAUGCAAACUUCUGUAUGUGUGAUUGUCAGUGGAUGUGUGAUAUGUACUGUUGAUUCCAGAGUGAAAUACGCAUGAAAAAAUAAAAAUGCCCACAACACAUAGGUAAAGAAAAAUCGGUCACAGUUUUGUCUGAAUUUUAUACAGCAGUGAGUAUAACUACCAUUUUGUUAUAAUGAGCGAAAGCAAUUUUUGACUUUUGUCAAAGUGGAGAUUGCCCAUCUUUGGAUGGACAUGGGUCAUAAAUACUUCCCUGUUUUACACUGUAUUGGGCAACAUAUAACAAUCUUUGUCAUAACAUGUGUUAUACUCCAUCUGAUAACAUAUGCAAUAAAUCUGACAACUUACAUUACCGUGUAUCUCACAACAUGCAUUACAGUGUAUCUGAUAACAUACAUUAGAGUGUAUCUGACAACAUACAUUAGGGUGUAUCUGACUACAUACAUGUAGUGUAACUGACAACAUACAUUACCGUGUAUCUGACAACAUCCAUUACAGUAUGUCUGACAACAUAAAUUAUGGUGUAUCAGACAACAUACAUUAUAGUAUGUCUGACAACAUACAUUACAGUUUUUACAACUUACAUUACAGUGUGUCUGACAACAUACAUUAUGGUGUAUCUGACAACAUACAUUACAGUAUGUCUGACAACAUACAUUACAGUGUAUCUGACAACAUACAUGUAGUGUAACUGACAACACACAUUACAGUGUGUCUGACAACAUACAUUACAGUGUACCUAACAACAUACAUUACAGUGUAUCUAACAACAUACAUUACAGUGUAUCUAACAACAUACAUAUACUGUAACUGACAACAUACACUACAGUGUCUCUAACUACAUACAUUAUGGUGUAUCUGACAACAUACAUUACAGUGUAUCUAACAACAUACAUUACAGUGUAUCUAACAACAUACAUUACAGUGUAUCUGACAACAUACACUAUGGUGUAUCUGACAACAUACAUUACAGUGUAUCUGACAACAUACAUUACAGUGUAUCUAACAACAUACAUUACAGUGUAUCUGACAGCAUACAUUACAGUGUAUCUGACAACAUACAUGUAGUGUAUCUGACAACAUACACUACAGUGUGUCUGAGUACAUACAUGUACAUGUACACUAGAUCCGGUGCUUCACAGCCUCCUUAUCAGGAACAGUAUGUCGCUGACCAGUAUUGCUGAGAAUACCCAGAUGAUCUCUCAAAAUUGUGGUAUAUUUUUAUAUGGUAUUUUUGGGAUUUCUGGUGUAUCACUUCCAUGAAAUGCACCAUUCGUCCUUGUGCCUUGGCAAAAUAUAUUUUUAAUAACUUUUUCUUUAAAUUUUACGGCUUGAACAUCCUAGUCAUGAUAUGUCUCUUCAUGGAAGUUGUUAGAGCAUUGGUAAUAACUGAGGUAGUUUUGCCUUGUUUGAAUGUUUGAGGAAAACUUUCCUCCAGUAUGUGUCCUAGUUUUAUUGUUCUGCAAAGAUAAAGCAUGAUAAUGAUGGUAUCCCUUAAUUAGAGGUAUGUGUAUGUUAUCAGUUGUUGUAAAAUACAUUCAUACAAAUGUAUGUGUGGCUAUGUUAUUUUGUACAACUUGGUCUUGUUUCUGUGUACAUUUCAUUUUACUAUUAAUUGUACAUUACCAUCAUCCAAUCUUGCAUGUCUUACAACGCAAUUUUCAUGCAAGGUCAUUGACGCAGUUUAGUGUCAAGGCACAAGUUUAAUAUGCCUUGAAAUUGUGUUAUUUAAUAUUCUUAGGAUGUGCUUUACAUAUACACUAUAUAUAUAUAUAUGUAACAUUAACUUUGUUGAAGUGUUCAGGUAAUACUGAUCUGGGACAUUUUCUGUGUGAUAUUAAGCAUAUAUUAAAGUCUUCCAAGAUGGAUUUUAAUAGGAUAUGACAAUAAACACAAUUAUUGGCAGUAAUUAGAGACUAAAUGCCAUGACAACAUGUUAUCAGUAUGUGGCCUAGUUUCCUGACUCUUGUAGCAGCAGUAGUUCCCUUGUCUGACAUGUGUGAUGUGCACGUUGAAAUAUUAGCCCAGGAUUGUCCCUGUUCUGAAGGACUCGUAAUUUGUAAUGAUCAUGGUGUAGAAAUAAUGGUGACCUACAUGUAUUAUUUUGCAAAGCAAUGCGUCAGUUAGCCUGGUAUAAAUUUGCAUUGAAAUGUAAAGAUAAGUGUGUAUCUGAGGUUUGUCUUAGCUCUGAAUGGCUUAGAAGAGUAAGUGAAUGAUUUUAUCAAGAGCGUACUUUAUUUUAUUUUUAAAGGAGCUUUGAUGUGUUCUUCAAGAAAGUUGAGCCUUGGUCCAUCUGUCACCCGGGAUGUUGAGUGUGUGGGGUGGGCAUUAACUGGAUAGGGGUGUGAUAUAUUUUAACAUUCCACAAUUUGAAGAAAGUGAUGUCAGACUGGAGAAAAUAAUAUGUAUAUGCACUUUUAUGUAAUAAUAAUGCACAGAAAGUUGAGCAAGUUGACUGUAAAUAUUGGUGUUAAGUAUAAAUGUACAUUGUGCUUAUGUCACAGUGUAGAUGAGCCAUAAGCAGGAUAUCACUGCUGUGUAAAUGUGUUUUGUCAUGAGCGCAUAGAAUGUUGUCGUACGUUUACGUGUACUCAAGUUUAUCUAUCCAUUGAUUUUACUUUUUAUUAGUUGUGAAAGUAUAAUUGGCUGUGCAUUUAAAAGAUUUCUUGAUGUGACUUUUGAGACAAUUACCAAUUUUGGGAGGUAAAAUUGUGCCAAAUGUUUGGUCCUGAGCUUUUAUCUCAACUCCCUGCACAUACAUGUACAUGGACCUCCAUUCUCUGUUUUACCUAGAAACCCAACGAUAGCUGAACAUGUGAGCUUUUAAUAAUGUGCUCAGGCCUCCAUAUUUUCCCCAUACAUAUACCUGAAUGCACUGAAGCAUUUCCAAUUUCAUUUACCUUUCCCUUCAUUUUUUCAUCAGAAGAAAAAGGCCUUAAUUACACCACAAAGUGUAUUUACACCUAUCAGCACAUUCAACCCUAGGGCUAGCUGUAAUAAAUUGGAUUAAACUUUUUGGGUAGACAAGGCUGUUUACAUUUACACUUUGACUGCUCCAUAAAUGUCACUGUCCCACUUCAGCUGAUUAAAUUGUGAACACACAUGAAAAAUUUGUGAUUCUGAUGCAAAUUAUUUCUAAUUCUAUCCCAUUAAUAUUUUUUUUUUUUUCAUGUUGGGGUAAAAAACUUAAAUGAUCUCUGGGUGCAUUAGUAUAAUCAUUCUCUUCUGUCAUCUUGCAACCAACUCGUGCGAAAUCGUGCGAAAGUAAACCACAACGAAACUUUAGGUCAUUUGCGGUGCAUUUCUUUACCAGAGUAAAGACAUGAGUACGUCGUUCAUUAGAUGGUCUAGCAAUGUGAGAUAAAAGAAACUUAAUACUCAAUUGUGUAUAUAUAAUUGUGUAUAUAUAUUGGCUAAAAUGAGCAGAUCGAGUGUCCCAAAAAUUCGAAGAAGUAGGGUAUGCAUGUUUCGUCGAAUAUAACACUUAUUCCAGCUAUUGAGUGAAAUUUGAUCACAAGUAUGUGUAGUUUACUAAAUCCCAACGACCAAACGCAAACUGACUCUCUCUAAUUUACUUGUUUUAUGUUGUUGUAUACAUGUAUAUUGGACUUCCUGGGCAUUUGUUUGAGUUGAUCAACAUAUAUGUGUAUGUUACAUGAAUUUACUUUGAAUAAAUGACCUUCAA